GAAGUGAUUUGCCUGUAUAAUGUGAUCAUUUUUAAAGGCUGCAUAGUGUGUUUUGUAUGUCAUGACUAGGCGGAUAUUCUGGACUAGUGGUCAACAUCCUUUGGCAGCAUAUGGCACAUCCUUACAGGAGGAAGUAGCAAUGCUGCAAGGCAUCAUAAGCUGGUUGUAUGUAGAUUGUAAUUGGGUUAAUGUGAUGGAUGAUGACAUAUAAAAGUCUCACGGUUCCUAUGUUUGCUGUACUGCAUCAACCAGUGAUUGAAAUACUCUGAAACGGAAGAGGCACAGACAGGGAAACAUUGUGACAAAACAGAUAGGCUGUGUAAUGGUGCUAAUGCUGUAUAAAAAUGGCCUAUAUGGAACAAGAAAUCUGUGUUGUCAACUAUUGUAACAAUGACACUGAAGGUAUUGACGAAUUUUAACCAUAUACUUGUUUCAUCUGACUCCUCCACAGAAAACCAUGAAGGGUAAGACAUUGGCAGGUACAAAGUGCCAAAGGUCUGUUUCAGCUACUGAACAAAGGACUGCAACAAGGGUUUCCACAGGUGCAGGACAACGUAGACGCCGACAACGUAUGCCAGAACACAGACAAAUGUGUACUCCAGCAGCAAGUAGAUGUGAGACACAAGGGACUUUGGAAGAAAUGCAUCAAUGUGUCCUCCAGCGUUGUGUCCUACAGACAGCUGAAGCAUACCGGCGGUCAUUAUUUGGACUACCGAUGGAAGCAGAUGAAAAUAAACGGUACAGACACACAGCUUACCGUCAAUACAUUGUGUGGCGUCAUGGACGUUUGGGGACUGGAAACAGGAGAGUCAUUCCCAGCUGUUGUGUUUGGAGAAUUUGUGACAGAUAUCCAGAUGCCAAUGGUAUUUACACAGGUUUCCGGCCCACCAGAUUUUAGAUAUACAUACUGUCACAAUACCAUACUCAUUCAGUUGUUCUGUUGUUCACAUUCUAUGUCUUAAUAGUUUUCCUGUGUGUAUGACUAUGAAUGUAAUGUCUUCUGUUGCACA